GCUGGCCAAUGAGAGGGCAGCGGGCGUUCCUAUCCCCCCGCUCCCCCCCAGCUCCCACAGGUGGAGGUUACGACCGGCGGGGUAGGGGUCGCGCUCCCGGCGACUUAGCUUCAACUUUGCGAUGUCUUCCCCUGAGAUCGCUUCCCUUUCUUGGGGUCAGAUGAAGGUAAAAGGUUGCUCUACGACCUAUAAGGACUGCAAAGUCUGGCCGGGAGGAAGCCGAACCUGGGAUUGGCGAGAAACUGGGACUAAUGUGUGGAUAUCAAAUGUAAACGGACUUGGGAACACAACUUGGAGAACCAUAAAGCAUUCUCCAGGAGUGCAACCAGCUGACCUUGAAGAAGUUGUCAAGAAGGGUGUUAAAACUAUGGUGAUUGGUCGUGGCAUGAGCGAGGCUUUGCAGGUUCCUCCAUCUACCCUGGACUAUCUGAAGAAAAAUGGGAUCGAUGUGUUGGUCUUGCAAACGGAGAAGGCUGUGGAAAAGUACAAUGCCCUGGCUGCUCAGGGUGUCAAAGUGGGGGGAGUCUUCCAUUCAACCUGCUGAAGCUUUACAGCUCAUUCCGCCUUCCUCGACCGCAGCUGAAUCACGGACACACCUCUCCGCUGCAUCAAAUUACAGUCAACAGAGCAUGGGCUUACGUGCCAAGGCGUUUGUGUGCCGACAAUCUAAAAUGCAAGGGCAGCUUAUUAGUUCAGGAUUUAAACAAACUGAGCACUCACAAAAGGUGGCUGUUAAUGAAAUCAUUUAAUUACAGAACCGUUCCCAUAUGUUCCUGAGAUUGACCUAAUCUUCCUCUGAAGACUGUCCGUAUUCUGGUUACUUAACUUUUCACCUGUUGGCUAAAUUAAGAUAAUAGGCUUUAAAUACAUUUUAUUAGGAAAUGGCCUGAAAUCACAUUAAUGGCUGUUGGAAUGCAGCCGUAAGAUAGCUGCUGAGUGAAAUCAAGUGGUGGAUACAAAGUGGUCAUAAAGAAGCUCUUUACCACUGCUGUAUAAAUAAGUUAAAAAUAAAAUAAAUUAAAAAGCGAACCCAGAACAUACAACUUUGCCUCCUGCUGGCGACUUCAGUAUUGGCUAUGCAGACCUGUUUGUUAUGAUUCAAGAACCUCACGUAAUUUAGCACUUUUAAAUUUUACAUUAAACCUGGAAAAAGAAAAUAAGGAUGGAAUAAACAUAAAAUCUAGACCUUAAAGAAUUUUCCUGUGAAGUGUGAGGAUUGGGUUGUGCAAUACAUAUCUACUCAAAAGUCCUUAUGUGCGUAAAUUCAUCAGAUCCAUUACAAGACUGGAGCCUGCAACAUAAAAUGUUGAUCUUUAGGAAAUCAGUCUAAGCUGCUGCUAGCAAGCUGGGGGUGGAUGUGAGAAUUCUUACUGGCCAUCAUUAUCCAAUUAUUUAAACAUUGCACCAAACAGUGUAUUAUUACACAGAAAAAUUAAAAAGGUCUCUCAGUUGUU